AUGAGCGAUAAUCCAACGAGUGAUGAAGGACACUUUGUCACAUUUCACAAGGCUUUCGGCCCAGCUGUUGGCCCAGGGCCCAGUCUUGAUGCAAUGAUUUCCAGGGCAGCUUGUUCUAUACAAACCUCUCUUCAUGAUACUCGAGCACAAGGCGUCACCAGGGUUCGUCUUUUUAAGUGGAUCCAACAUGAAAUCACCAUCGCAACAACAGACGCUGAAUUUGGACCUGGAAAUCCUUUCCGCUGUCCCGAGUUUGAAAGUGCUUGGUAUGAACUUGAACCAGGAGUUCCUUUCAUGGCCACAAAUGUUCUGCCGACAAUCUUGGCCAGAAAAGCUCUGAAAGCGCGGGAAUAUCUCACAAAGGGAUUUGCCGAGUACUUUCGCUGCGGGCAUCACAAGACUGCCUCGGAAGGGGUUCUCGUACGUCUCAAUCACUCUCUCCAAGCGGGAUUCACCAUGGAUGAUGUUGCCCGAGGAGAGAUUGGGUCAACCAUUGCAAUCCUCAACAACUCCGUCUCAGCCGCCUUCUGGAUGAUACAUCACGUAUUCUCAGAUCCCUCUGUCCUUGACGAAUGCAGAAAGGAAGUUGAUGCUGCGAUGCGGGUUGAUCAUGACAGGUGCACUGUUGAUUUUUCAAUUAUCAAAACAUCUUGCCCUGCUCUACAAUCCACAUUUCAAGAGGUUCUGCGUUAUCGCGGAAUUGGAAAUCUCAUCGUCAGGCAAGUUCUAGAAGACCACAUCCUGGAUAGCCGAUUUCUUGUCAAAAAAGGUGGCCUUGUUCUCAUCCCCAACGCCGUCCAGCACUUCAAGAACGAUAUAUGGGGAGAUGACGCUGGUGAAUUUCAUCACCGAAGAUUCGUCAGCAGCGACGCACCAGGUGGCCUCAAGCGCUAUAACCAAGCGGCAUUUCGCCCGUUUGGUGGUGGGUCCUUGCUGUGCCCUGGGAGGCACUUUGCAACAACAGAGAUCCUCUGCUUUGCUGCGUUGAUGGUGGCUAGUUUUGACGUUAAACCUGUGCAUAGUGGUUGGUCGCGUGUCAAAACUGACCGGUCGUUUGGGAUGGGGGUGGCCAGGCUGUUUCUGCUGCCUGACGCCGACAUUGAUGUCGAGAUGCAACCCAGGGGUGACUUGGCUUUGCAAUAUGCACUAACUGGCACAUGGAGUAAAUACGAGAGACAAUGA